UUCUACUUGGAUUCUUCAUUUUCUCUGCUUUCCUAGCCUCCUUUGCAGAUGCAGAGAUUCACUACUAUGAGUUUGUUAUAGAAGCAAAGCCAGUGAAGAGGCUGUGCAGGAUCCGUGAGAGGGUGACGGUGAAUGGGCAAUUUCCAGGGCCAACAUUGGAAGUAAGAGAUGGAGACACUCUUGUCAUCAGAGCCAUCAACCUCGCUCAAUACAAUGCCACCCUUCAUUGGCAUGGGAUUCGUCAAAUGCGGACGCCGUGGGCUGAUGGGCCGGCAUAUGUGACACAGUGCCCAAUCCAACCGGGCGGUUCAUACACUUACCGGUUCACCAUCGAGAAGCAGGAGGGAACACUCUGGUGGCAUGCUCAUGUGUCCUGGCUUAGGGCUACUGUUUAUGGAGCUCUCAUCAUCUACCCCAAAUUAGGCUCUUGCUACCCAUUCCAAAAGCCCGUCAAGGAAUUCCCCCUUCUUCUUGGAGAAUGGUGGAAUAGGAAUCCCCUUGACGUCGUAAGACAAGCAACUUUCACAGGAGCGCCUCCAAAUGUGUCCGAUGCAUUUACCAUCAAUGGUCAACCUGGCGAUUUAUACAGAUGCUCUAGCAAAGGGACGGAGAAAUUUCUUGUGAAUUUUGGUGAGACAGUUCUCCUUAGAAUCAUCAACGCUGCACUCAAUCAACAGCUCUUCUUUGCCAUUGCGAACCAUGGACUAACAGUGGUGGGUGCUGAUGCUGCCUACACCAAGCCCUUCACCACAAGAGUUCUCAUGCUAGGACCUGGUCAAACCAUGGACGUUCUCCUGAAAGCUGAUCAAGCACCUCGUCGGUACUACAUGGCUGCUCGAGCCUAUGCCAGCGCUCAAAAUGUAGCUUUUGACAAUACGACAACCACCGCAAUCCUCAAGUACAACAAUGGGCUUCGCUCCACCCCAAUCCUCCCGCCACUGCCAGCCUACAAUGACACAGCCACUGUGACUGCAUUCACCAGCCAAAUAAAGAGUCCUUCUAAGGUUGAAGUCCCCACUAACAUUGAUGAGAACCUGUUUUUCACUAUAGGGUUAGGCCUUUUUAACUGCUCCCGCCCUAGUCCGAGGUGUCAAGGCCCUAACGGCACACGCUCCACUGCCAGCAUGAACAAUGUCUCUUUUGUGCUCCCAUCGAGGAGCUCCAUCUUGCAAGCGUACUACCAACGUAGACUGGGUGUCUUCAGCACAAACUUCCCACCCGUUCCACCAGUGCAAUUUGAUUACACAGGCAAUGUGAGCCGAAAUCUGUGGCAACCAAUACCAGGAACUGAGGUUCUGAAGUUGAAGUAUGGUUCUAGGGUUCAGCUUGUCUUGCAGGAUACAAACAUAGUCACAACAGAGGAGCAUCCCAUGCACCUUCAUGGAUACCAUUUCUACCUCAUUGCACAGGGUUUUGGAAACUUCAAUGCUCAAAGAGAUACAGCAAAAUUUAACCUCAUAGAUCCACCAUCAAGGAAUACCAUUGGAGUACCGGUUGGUGGAUGGGCAGUCAUCCGCUUCGUGGCUGAUAAUCCAGGGGUCUGGCUGAUGCAUUGUCACCUUGAUGUUCACCUGACUUGGGGACUAGCAAUGAACUUCGUAGUUGAAAAUGGAGUUGGAGAGCUGCAGUCCAUUGAGCCGCCUCCAGCAGAUUUGCCUCCAUGUUGAGAUCAUUGGCAGAACAUCUCCAGUGGUUACAUUUUCCCAAUAAAGACAAUUUUAUGCUUCUUUAGUCCUUGGUAUAGAAAUCUUUGCUUGCACUCAUUGUUGUCUGGGUUUCUCCCGUGUGACUGCUUUUGCAAUUGCAUAGUGCAGAUCUGAGCAAAAUGCUUCAUUAAGCAUUGGAUCUAGCACGUUCAUUGAUUGUUAUCGAUUUGUUUCUUACGAACAAUGAAAAAGACAGAUUUCAGGUUUGCAA